AUGCAGGUUACCACCCCAUUGGCAUCAAUGUUUGUGAUUAUGCAAUACAAUAUCACCAGCAACAUGACAGAAGGAGAGAGUGGAGGCGAGGAAGAGACUCGUUACAUGUAUGGAUCCAGAGAUUCUUUCUGUAUUGCAUUCUACUUCCUCAUCAGUAUUGUUCUUCAUGCUGUAGUACAAGAAUACAUCCUUGAUAAACUGAACCGAAAGUUGCACCUGUCUAAAGUUAAACACUCAAAGUUCAACGAGUCGGGUCAACUAGUGACCUUUUACCUCUUCUCAAUUUUUUGGGGCAUUGAUAUCAUGAUGAAGGAAGGCUUCACUCAGAACUUGGCUCACUUAUGGGAAGGUUAUCCUCAUAUCUUACUCUCAUUUAGAUCAAAAUUUUACUUCAUUAUCCAGAUAGCCUACUGGAUCCAUGCUUUUCCUGAAUUGUAUUUCCAGAAAGUUAAAAAGGAAGAAAUUGGACCCAGGAUUCAGUACUCUGCCUUCUAUCUAGUUUUUGUUGUUUCUGCUUAUCUUUUAAAUCUGACAAGGCUUGGGAUGAUUUGUAUAGUCAUACAUUACAUAGCAGAGCUGACCUUUCAUGUUGCCAGACUUUUGUACUUCAGUGAAAAAACAGAUCUAUCAGCACCUUGCUUUACAUUAUGGUCCAUACUAUUUCUUCUGGUUCGACUGAUGACUAUCUCACUCACCACACUGACAGUGUGGUUUGGAUUAGGCAAAGUAGAAAAUCAGGGCCUUGAUAUCUCCAAAGGAAACUUCAAUUCCCCUUUAUCAAGACUGACCAUCUUGACAGCAGUGUGCCUUUUCCAGGCUUGGCUAAUCUUUAACUUCCUCAUGUUCCAGCUUCGUAGACGUCGAGAAACACAGCUUGCAAAUGCUAAGAUACAAAGAAAGAUGGCUCCUAAGACAAAGAAGAAGAAAGACGAUUUGCGAGUUAACGAUGGUGGUGACACUUCUGAUGCAGUCUCAGCUUCACCUAUUGUAUCCGACUCCCCCCACUCAGAAAAUGGAACUGUCCGUGCAAGGAACAAGCCUAAGAAGAAGUAAAUCCUGUUAUUGAAUCCUAUAAAGUGGUUGCCUAGCAACAAUUUCCAUCAAUUUAGCCUUGUUCUUCACCUUCACAUUCAUGUGACCUUACAUCCAUUGGGAGGAGAGGAAAAAGAGAAACGGUCUAGGUUUCUUUGAGAACCUGUCAUCUCAUAUAAUACUUUUUGUUUAUUUGUUUCCUUUUGAUUUUAUCAGUAAAUGAUAUUAGAAUUUAGCACUUUGCUUCAUUACAUUUUUUAUGUGAAAUUCUCUUAUUGGCUUUGGAAGUCUCUUUGAAUUUCAUCUUGGUUUCUUCUUUUUUGAAUAGUUUUCAAUCUUCCAACUUAUGAGCACAAAAAGAGGCCUUGGCUACAUCAUUUAAGGGAGAGUCAUGUGUUUUACUUUUCUUCUUUGAUUUGACUCAUUUUAAGUGUGACUUUGCUGAAUAAAAAUUUAAAAACAAACAAAUUUGUCCUGCCUGCAUAGCAGAGCUAGACUCUAUGUGCGCCGCUUUUCCGACAGCGGCUGUGAAGGCAGCGUCAUCAACACUGAAAUCUUAACUGAGGUCAAGUUUUGAAAUGUCAAAGUGAAUGGACCUAGUUCAUGAAAUUUGGACAUAAUGGUAAUCAAGUAUUACUUUAUCAUCUUGCUUUGGGUUUCAGGUCACAUGACCAAGGUCAAAGAUCAUUUAGGGUCAGUGAAAUUUUAACCAAGGUUGAGUUUCUAAAUGGCAUCAUAACUUUGCAAGUACAUGGACCUUAAUAGUCAAGACAUAAGGUAAUCAAGUAUCACUGAUCAUUUUGGAGUGUGAGGUCACAUGAUCAAGGUCAAUGAUCAUUUAGGAUCAAUGAACUUUAUGUGAAUUUUCUUUUUUUUUGUGAAUAAUAAUUGUUUUCAAAGUCGGCACUGCUGCUAUAUUGAAUUGUGUAAUGCAGGCGAGACUGCCAGAGGCGUUCCACUUGUUUUAUUUAUUUACUGAUAGAUUUAACAACAGAGAUCACUUUGGGGGAUGUAUUUCAUGUUUUUGAAAUCAUAAUUCCAACAAAAAAUUUACUGAAGAAUUGUUUCAUGUACAUCCUAUUUGAAUCUGAGAUGCAUUUUUCUUGUUUAUCUAUUAAAGUACAUGUAUGUAUACUCUGUAUGCCUAUUGAAUUGUUAUCUGUUAUAAGAUUAAUGCAAAGAAGAAUAUUUCUUGUCAAGAUUGAAUGGAUUCAUUUCAUUUAAGACUAAAGAUUGAGUUAAUGAUAUGUAUUUUCAGUAUUGAAAGUUGUUCAUCAAAAUCAUUUCCAGGUUGUGUAUUAUGCAUGUGGAUAUUCAAGAAUUUAAUUCAUAUACUUAGCUAGAUGUAGACAUUCCUUUUUUCUGUCAUUAAAGUUACAUAUGAAGUACAAUAUAUUGUUUGCAUGCACCAGAUUGAUUUUCUUUAAAAGUAUGCAUGUCAUGUAAAAAGUUACACUAUUUUUCUUAAAUUCAUUAAUUUGGUAAGUUUGUAAAUUUACUUCACAAUGAGAAAAGAGGGAGAGAAAGAGAGUGCCUCUACAUACAUUAUGUAUUGGCUCCAGACAUUGGUUGUAUCACUCCAGUAUGUAAGAUAGUAGCAUGAAAUAAUAACACAUUUUGGCACUUCAUGGUUUGGUGAUAGGUAAGGACCUUUUCCAUACUCAACCAAGUUAGAGGUAUACAAAACUGAAUGUUCAUUACGUCAGCCCCUCGUUGGGGAGACGACCGCAGUUCAGGCCCUGAACUGCGGUUGUAUACCCCCUUAACAAAAAUCUUGUUAGAGGAUCCAAGAUAUUUUUGAAGCUAUUUCAACCCUGCGUGCUUAACCAAAUUAAUCCCUCUUAUGUAACAUUUCACCUCCACAGGCAAACCUGAGCUUUUGAGCCAGGGUUAGACAAUAAACAGCAGCUGUGAUAUUACGUAAGAGCAGCUCUGCCUGUAGUCGGCACUUUGGAAUGAAAUUAUUGUAUUUGAUAUUUAAUCCAGUUUUCAAAGGCAUAUUGUAUUAUAAUGAUGGGGGUUUGCCUAAAAGCAAACUCCCAUCUGUUGUUUUAGAGAUAAUCAUACACACAAUGAAAAGUGUGCAAAAUUGUGCCAUGUAACGUCAGUUACCGCAAAAAUGCCCACGUUUAGAUACUCAAGGCCUGGGGUGAUUUAGUUUUAUCAUGGUUUGAUACUGGGGUUUGCCAUCUCCAACGAUUGUUUUGCCUCAUGUUUGUUAUGAAUGAGUUUGUUGAAAUGCUAAGAGUAAUAUUUUGGUAGUGAUGCCAACCUGGAAUUGUUAAGGCACGGACGUCAUCAGGUCAGAUAGAAAACAUUUUAUACAGAAACCCUUUAUUAUCCUGGAUGCUGUUUCAUAAAACUGUGAAGUUAUACAAAACUAAAUAUAAACUAAAAAUAUGAAGUGCAAACAUGCACACCUAGGUUUAUACUUGAUGUAUUUACACACCACCACUGUGUUUGAAGAUAUUUCUUAUAAAUUCAGGCAGAAAUAUAGUUUGCCCUUAAUUUGAUGUAUAAAAAUUAUGAAUGUAGAUGGAUUAACCAUGUUAUUAAAGCUAAAACUUGAUAUUUAAUACUUAAGAAUGUAGAUGAAUUUAGCAUAUCUCAAGCUAAAAUUUGAUAUUUUUAUUAAUAAUUGUUUGGCAUCACCUGUGCCUGGGAGGCGAUAAAGCGAACUGAAUCAUUCUGAAGGGCCGUCAGCCUGCAUAAACCCCCAAUGAUACACAUGUAUGAAGCAAGUACCCUGGCAUUGCCCUGUUUACCAAAAGACUGGAGUUAAAAAUGUUGGAUGUAAACAAUGUUUUAUUUUUCAAGUUUGCCAUUUGUGCUCAUUUACACAAAAUGUUGUUUCUUUGAGCUGGCCAAUUUGGGGGUUAGUCUAUACUCUUUAGAAUACUUGAAA